AUGAUUCCACCCAAGCUUCUCAAGGAACUCGCCUGUGAGUUUUCUGUGACUUUGUCGAUGCUCUUUCGAACGUCAUUUGAUACUGGAAGACUUUCAAUUGAUUGGAAGCCGGCGCAUAUUACUCCGCUAUAAUAAAGAGGUAGCAAGGCAGCGAUGACACACUACAGGUCCAUAAGCUUGACAUACAUUCUUUUCAAAGUUAUGGAAAGGAUCAUAAAAAGUGAACUGAUGCAAUUCCUGGAAGUUCACGGCCUACUAUCGAAAUGUCAAAAUGGGUUCCGAAAAGGAAAAUCCUGCACGACAAACUUGCUGCAAUCUCUCCAGAGCUGUACUCAAGCUCUGGACGACAGGCACGCGGUCUACAUAGCUUCCAUCGACUUCCAGAAGGCGUUGGACACUGUGUCACACCAGAGAAUCUUACAUAAUCUAAAAAACAUGGAUCGCUGGCAACUUCCUUAGAUGGAUCGAAAACUUCCUUUUGGGUCGACAUCAGGUUGUGUGCAUCGGUCAGAGGGUGGUGUUCCCCAGGCUUUUGUAUUGGGACCCACUUUGUUCCUUAUAUACGUGGACGAUGUCGCAAGCGCUUUAGACUGCGAAGUAGCAAUGUUUUCCGAUGACAUGAAAAUAUGGAGUGUAAUCCGGGGCCCUGCCGACGAAGACAGACUGCAGGUGAACCUAAAUCGGUUGGAAGAGUGGUUAAAACGUUGGCAGCUGCGGUUCAAUACUGACAAAUAUAGCAUACUUCGCCUAGGCGACACAGCCAGAUCCGCCAACACAAGAGACUUCUUUCUGGGCGGUGUAGCUCUACAAGAGGUUGAAGACAAAAGGACCUCGGUGUGCUGACGACGAUUUCCCUAAAACCAUCCGCCCACUGUUCGAGAGUGGCAAAAACCUCAAUGGCCGUACUGUACGCCAUCAAGCGUGCGUUUAUGGACUUUGACGAAGAUGCUUUCUCAAAGACAUUCGGGACAUUCGUCCGACCGCAUUUAGAGUACGGCAUACAAGCCUGGAGGCCGUGAGCAAUUGAAGAUCAAAUCUGCCUCGAAAGGGUCCAAAGGAGAGCCACGAGGACGGUUAAGGAUCGAAGUUCAUUUACUUAUGCAACCCGCCUAGUAAAUCUGAACCUCGUUCCUUUGAGUUACAGGCAACUUUGCGGAGAUCACUUGUAAGCAUUUCGCAUUAAAAAGGGGUUCAAUUGCAGCCUGGCCUUCGAGGACUUUUUUGAAUUUGCUACCAUGACCAACCUCCGAAAUCAUCCGUAAAAACUGAGCACUUAGCAGGCAAGGCUGGAUGUGCAGAAGUUCUCCCUCUCUGUGCGUGUGGUCAAACCAUGGAAUGCCCUUCCCACAGAUGUUGUGAUGUCACCAUCGGUACAAAGUGUUAAAAAGAACCUUGACAUAUAUAUGUUCGGAAAUGACCAGGAGCGAUGAGAGGUCGAGCCCACCCCUUGUAACUCGUUACCAUUUUGUCCUGCCGUUAUGGGCUCGUUUGAGCUAUUCCAGCAGAGAACAUUUUUUUGUAUACCAUACAUUUUCAAAGUUGCAAAUAGGGUACUCGAAUGCUUUCGCCUAUCUCCCUCAAUAAACUGAACUGACUUCAGAAAAAGGUCACACAGAGAACGGCCUUCGACUUUUUGUUACCAACAUCCAAUAGCGCAAAUGCACGGAGGCCAUUGGUGAAUUACUCUAGCGCCGUAUACAAAUGCUAUUGGCCGCUUCGUCUCACCGUUCGUUGUUAAGUCGGUGAUGGCGUCUUGGACGCUGCAAAUAUGUCGGUAAGCUGUCGUACCUUCUUCGUUGACGACUUUCUAGCCGUUUCUUUUGUUUCUUCUAGCUUUGCAGGUUUCAGUCGCCUGGGGACUGAAAGUCGUGAUAGAACUCAGGGACUCCGACACUUUUCUCGACGAAUCUUUCCUUAAUCGGCACGAAACUUCUGCUUCGGAGCUGACAAUUAUUUCAAAUGACCACAUUACCCGUGAAAUCGCCCCAACUGCAUUUUCAGGUUAUAAGAAUCUAAAAUCACUCACCGUCCAUACACAUUUGAAGUCUGUCAACGGAAUAAAAUGGGAAACGUUGCAGUCCCUCUCCCACCUUUCACUUUCUGGUUGCAAUCUCCGAUCACUGCCAACGUUUGGCUUCUUACGUGCUUCAGAAGACCUAACAUAUCUUAA